AUGGAUUUGCAGAUGACCACAAUUCGACCUUUCGACGUAAUGGAUAUGCUGAAAUUCAACAAUGUGAACCUGGAUAGUAUGACUGAAACGUAUGGAUUCAACUUUUACUUGUACUAUCUUGUCAACUGGCCGGAGUACUACCAAGUGGCAGAGCACCCUAAUGGGCAAAUUAUGGGAUACAUUAUGGGUAAAGCUGAAGGACGAGAUGAGAACUGGCAUGGUCACGUUACAGCACUUUCGGUUGCGCCAGAUUAUCGUCGCCUUGGUCUUGGUGCUCGUAUGAUGCACACGCUUGAGCAUAUUUCUGAAAUGAAGAAGGCCUUACUUUGUGGACCUGUUUGUUCGUGUUUCGAAUCACGUAGCGAUUUCUAUGUAUAA